UUUUCAGAACCGGCAGUGAUGCGCUUAAUCAGCUGCAGGUGUAAAGAUGGACUGAGAUGUACAAACGUGUGACUGCUGAGCAUGAGCACAUCCAGCCCCAUGUUGGUGAAGUAUAUAUUGUUUUCUUAUUUUACCUGCAGGUAUAUUACAACGUGCAACGUUGCCUGGUCACAACAACGGGAAUCACACAUUAACAGAAAUCGUUUUAUUUGCGUCACCACGAGCUGACCACGAGACUGCAGCCGAGUAUCAAUAUCACUAAUAAGGACGGAGAUGUAAACGUACAUGACCCCCCGCAGCUAAUCAGACACUACAAUGGACAACGGAUAACAGGGAUCCGGGCCAGUCCAGCCCUCUCGCGUCUUUUCAGUGCGUCUCCGCAGCGCAUCUCCGGUGCGGCCACUUCCAGUGAACAGCGCCUUCUUGGUUUGAGCGGCGCUUUCCUCCAUAAAAAAACACGUCGAUCCCCGCAGCGGGCCCGCGAGGAGCCACGGGGGGAGCUCUGGCGGCUUCGGGCCGCUCACUCCUAAUGAUCCCCAUGGCUGCCGAUGAGACCGGACGGGAGCCGGAUCUGCUCGAGAUGCGCCGAUUCUCCGCAGAGGACGGACGUGCGUCGCUCUUUGUGCACAGCAACGUGCUCCGCUGAGAGCAGAGACAGCUGACCGUCGGUGGUAGUCAGCAGUUCAAAAAAAAAAAAUAAGGACGCGCUUUGGCUUCUCUCCCCGGAAUCUUUUUUUUGCGUGUUUUUUUUUUACCGGGUACUGAAUGCUGCGUGAACCAGGGUUCUUUUGGCGAGGGUACCUCUAGGGAACACCCCACCUCCCUUUUAGACGCUGUUGUCCUCAACAGCAGACACACACACACACACACACACACGAUUCAGACGGGGACUAUUUGUCUGGAGCAACAUCGUGACGUUAUUUGUAAACAGACGAGGAGUAUUUUUUUAUUGAAAUCCAGCAUCGCGGCACCGAUCGAAGCGUUCACUUAAAAAUGCCUGGGAAAUUCUCCAGCCGCUCUUCCGUGCUUUUCUCUGUGGGAUCGUAGUGAACCUUUGUGGGAUUUAGAUCUACAGCUAGCAUGUUGCAGCCUUCUACCAGAACGGGUGACGCCCCGCUGAAAACAUUACCUCGUUGGAGUGAGCGUCCGGGAUGGGUCCUCUCGCUCACCCUCUGUAUGGCUUCUGCCCUCUGGCUUCCAGGGGCAGCGGCAUCCACCCUAAACUGCCAUAAGACAUGCAUCUGCGCCUCAAACAUAGUGAGCUGCUCCAAGAUGAAUCUGACCACCGUCCCAACAGGUCUGCCACUCUACACCGCUGUGCUGGACCUCAGCUACAAUGAGAUAGAGCGUCUGCGAUCCGAGUGGACCCCCGUCAAGCUCCUGAAGCUGCAUAAUCUCCUGCUCAGCCACAAUGGUCUCCACUUCCUGUCAUCGGAGGCCUUCCAAAACGUGAAGCAACUGCGUUACCUGGAUCUGUCCUCCAACAACCUGCAGCUGCUGGAUGAGUUCAUCUUUGAGCCUUUGGUCAACCUGGAGGUCCUCUUGCUGUACAAUAACCAAGUUUCCCAAAUCGACCGCUCUGCCUUUCUCGGCAUGAUCAACCUACAGAAGCUCUACCUGAGCAAGAACCAAAUCUCACGCUUCCCCAUGGAGCUGGUCAAGGAAAAGUCCCGCCUGGAGAAACUUAGUCUUCUGGAUGUGUCCUCUAACAAGAUCAAGACGUUACCCAUUGAUGAGCUCCGGGCGCUGCCUGCCUGGAUAAAAAAUGGCCUCUACUUCCACAAUAACCCUGUGCUGUGUCACUGUGAUCUCUACACACUCCUCGCCCAUUGGUACAUUCGAAAGCUGAACUCCGCUAUGGACUUCAAAGACGACUACACCUGUAUUCUGGCUGGCCCGCAAAAAAACAAAGUGGGCGUUUUCGAUCUCAGCGGUGACAGUAUGAACUGCAGCACAUUCAAGGAGGCAGAUGAAGAGGCCUUUUUGGAGCAGAGGUUGAUACUUGCUUGUGACACCAAACGCAGGGGUAUGUUAAAAACCUGGUUAAUGCCUGGUAAUGUGGUGGUGACAGCAGGAAGCAACCAGACUGCCAAAGUAUUGCCAGAUGGAAAUCUGCAGAUUAACCCAGUGAGGAACGAGGACUCCGGGACCUACACUUGCUUGGCCAUGAGCGAGGCCAUCAAUGAGACCAUCUACGUGGUGCUGAAGGUUCACAACUUCACCAUGCAUGGUGGCGGUGAUAGCCUGAACACAGCCUACACCACCUUGGUGGGCUGUCUGGCCAGUGUGGUGCUCGUGCUCAUGUAUCUUUACUUGACCCCGUGUCGCUGCUUCUGCUGCCCCAAUAAAGGUAAGGCUCCAGGUGAUGACAGCAUCCACUCGUCCAUGCUCAGCGUGACGCCGACUCACGAGGACCCGGCGCUGAACAGGCACGUGGCCUUCAUCGACUCCAAGGACCUGCAGGGCCAGAACGGCAAGCUGAACCCCAGUGGGGAUGACGAGGACGACGAUCUGGAUGCAGAGGCUGGUUCUCUUAUGAAGGGGAAGAGGAAGAAGUCAGUAGCAGAGUCCAUCAGCUCCGUCUUCUCUGACACUCCAAUGGUGGUCUGAGAUGAGGCCGACAAAGACUGGAUGUUCAUGGUACAGCGCGGGCCAUGUUUUAGAUGACGUAAACUGUGACCUUGUGGGAGGAUAAGAAGAAAGGAAGUCCAUCUAUAGCUGUCGGCAAGUGGAAAGAAGGAUCUCGAAGGGAGUAAAAAAACAAAGAAAUUCUUGUUUCCCACAAGGACAAUAUGCAGGACCUUUCCAGCAUAUUAAUCUGUAGCACUUAAUAUUCAUACUGUGAAGGAAUGGCAGUGUACAUGACCCGAGGGAACAACUCAAGUCUUAUGACAGUAAAACAAAGACAAUUUAUUGUUGGUAUCAGCACUCAGGAAGUGAUCCAUUAAAACGUUAAAUUGUGGAAAAUACAUAUGAUACACAUGGGUUGAAAUGAGGUUUAUAUUCAAACCAUGGCCGGCUCAUGAUUAUAUUUAUUACAUGGACUAGAAUUGAUUAAUCUUAAUUAAGCAUCAAAGCAUAGAUACAUGUGCUCCUCCUCUAUCAACACGGGGCUAGAGACUUAGACAGGCUGCCAGGCCGCCAAUACAUCUGUCGUUAACCUUGAGUCAUCUGUAGAGAAACAGCAUGUCAUCAACACUCAUUAUGUGAGUUCUCAGGCUGAACUUUUUUAAUGGGAUGAAGAAAAUGCGCAUUGAGAAAGCAGUAGUACAAACAUUAUAUUAAAAGGCCAUCGCAGGUUAUUUCCAUUCUACAUAAUACUGAGUUAAGCUCAGAUAUAUCUUAUGGGUCCGAUCAUAUCCAUAGCUGUGUAUUGUGUUAAAGGAGAAAUCCAAAAACAGAGAUCAAUUUAAAAAUAGGUAUGGUAUAAAAUAGUUUACCAGCUUGAGGAUGAACAUGGUUUAUGAAUGAACCAUAGAUAAGUAGACUUAAUUACUGCACAUCUACAGUAUGACCCCAAAAGAUGCCUUACUCAAUUAAAAACAUGGCACACAGCCAAUGGACACACGUUAAAUAUUAGCGUGGAAUUGUUUUGUCUUGAAUGAUAAUCCACAUAUAUUCCUGCAUGCAGAGCGGUACCGUGGUCCUUUAAGCAGGCUAAUACACUGAGCUGCCACAUCUGGAGCUGACUCUUCCUCUUGGCCAAGUUAAAUCAUUUGUUUCACUCAGUCACACUAGCAGGAAGUUAAAGACCAGGUUAAAAGCUGCCAGCUUGAGUUCAUAUGAAUCAGUUUUAUAUGUAAAAUGGGCACCUUACACAGAACAUAAACCUGAGUGUAUUCAUAUGCGACAAAUUAUGUAGUAGAUUUCAAUAUUUUGCUUGUAUGGACGAUGACAAGUGUCCCGCUGUCUUCUCCUGUGGUAGGUACGCUGUGUCAGCAGGUAAACAGAGUCAAGAAGUAUGUUGAUGAGGCUGUACAUAUUUGACAGGACAGAGCUGACUUUAGAGUUUGAAGCUUCUGUCAGAAGUUAAAUUAUGCUGUGCAUAUUUUCGUCAAGGUUGGAAACAGGCAUAAUCAAGAAAGGGUGAUUUUAAUAUACGGUGCAGUUAGUGUCGUAAUACAACAAGGCUAGCUGGGAGUAAAUGCUAAUGGCAUCUUCUGAUUACCAUGCCUUUGUGUCUUGUGAGGAGCAGGUGAUAGGUGUGUUACAUCAUGAGUCAAAGCAACACAAAGCCGUUAUCUCUGGCUCCCUGCACACUGACAGCAUCAAUUCAGCCCAGAUGUGUUUGCCUUUUUGUGUGUACCUCUGUCAUUACAGGACUGCCCUCACUUUAGAUGAUAAGCAUUCACUCAAACAGGCAAUGGAAGUGAUUCCCUUUAAGUAGUCUUAAAUGAUGGUUGGGAGGGAAACGCCUGGAGCUUUCUCUCAACAUUUGCUCUGCCACUGAGUCUAGUGGUUUCCUUUCAAGUAAGAACUUUGGAAAGAAUUUAUUGCUCAAUGCUGGUUGAUUUUAAACGUAAACACAACACUACAUGUACAAAUAGAUGUGUAUGUAAAAUCCCAUACAUCUAGCCAAAUGUCCUUAUAGCUCUCAAAUGUACACUUUUCUAACCAAAAUGUAGGUUAUAUUCACAGUUGCAGGGUGCAACGCAGCAUCAUUUUGUGUGGGUGGGACGAGGAAGUCACACUUUCCAGGGAGGUGGUGUGUUAACCAUUCCACUCUCGCACACUCACUACCAGGUGUAAAAACACGAAGCCACAUUUAGCACUAUAUACUGCUGGAUUAUUAGAACCUACUUAAUGGGGGUUGCAGAAUAGAAUAUGGUAAUAAGGUAUGCUAAUAUGCUCCAAAGUAACCCAAUAUCAAUCGAGUUAAUUCUGGCCUAGUUGCCACUCGUAAUAAAGGUUUCACAUCUGUACAGAGAAAAACUAAGUGCUAUUGCAAAGGUCCUAACAUAAGAGUAGAAGGGUAGCUUUACUUGUCUCCAAAGCAAAUCUGCUUUCCUAUAUAUAUAUAUAUAUAUAUAUAUAAAUAUAUAUACGGUAUAUAUAGAUAUAUAUGUAUUAAGACUUUUCUUGUACUGCUAUGUUCUACUGGUGUAAUGACUGGAUUCGUGGAUAACCGGAUGUCAUUUUGCAUCACGUGUGCCGCUGUGCUACUGUUAGUCGUUUCUACAUUCAAGUCUUACCAUAAAUGUUGAUUUUUUUUUUGUUGGCAGAGUGGGUUUUAAUUUUUUAUGACAUAGGAUGUAUAUUACACUUGACAAUAUGGUCAAAUAUUUAUUGAACAUGUAUGAAAAACGUUGGAGUGCCGGUUUUAAAAUCAUCGAUACACCCUAAUGGGCAGUGAGCAUGUAGCCACCAGUUAUUCUCAGUCAGUGUCGUAAAGCCAUAAGGAAUUAAGGGGAUUGCUUCAUCAGAUUGGUGGCUGUAUCAGGUAACAUAUUGAGAUCUCACAUGGAUAGCCUACAAUUAUUGAAGAAUAACAUUUUUCUGUCUCUAAGUCAAAGAAUAUUUUUUAUAAAAACUGGGGAGGAAAUCAAGAGACUUCUCCACCAAGGAAUUCCUGUAACACAAUGGGUUCCGAAUGGAUUAAUGAAUCUUCUCAGGACUAUGUCGUUUUUAAUUUCUAGUUUGUUAUGAUGCACAAUGUUUUCACACUUGCGACAUCAAUAAUACAAAAACUUAGAUUGUGGAUCUGUGUAGUUCACAGGCCUUUUGCUUUCUGCCGUAAUGGUAUAUUUACUGUCCACUUCAUUAAGGGAAGGCUGAGUGGUCUCUGCCAAAUACACAUCUAUCACCUUUCAUCUGGCGUUAUGUAGUAGCAAUUAUGGAAACGUCCUUGAGGUGAUCCAGCUAAAAGCUCUCUGCUUGAAAUGUGUGCAGCUAUGAGUGACCACGGGGAAAAGAACAGAGCUUUUAACAGCAUUUCAAGCUCAGAGUUUAUUGAUUACCGCCCUCAAAGAUGAGCUGGAAGGUCCCUGCCAUAAUAUCUGAAAGGUCCUGUGGCUAAAGUGGAAUGGCUUUGCAUGGUUUGCUUAAGAGCUUCUCUGACAGCAGGAUAGGUGCAACCUAGUAGACAUUAAUGAUAAAGAAGAUGUCAUUUGACUUAAUAAAAAAGAUCAAGAUAUUCA